UCAAGCAAAUCAUUCAUAGAAUAUGCGCGAUGGUUUAACAUAUAUAUUUCACCCGCUUUACUGAUCACCCCCUCGUCAUACCAGUCUCUCGCUCUCUAGUCUCUCGACGUUGCAGUUCAUUUUCGGAUUUUCGCUGAAUUCCUUAUUGCGGCCAACUUCUCAUUGGCUGGCACUGUGUGAUACAAGAUUGCACUUUAUGCGCUUUUUGUAUCAGCCUUUAAAAAGCGACCGCUUUUUAUUUAUUUACCCGCAUUACAACGGGUAAAUAAAUGAAGGUUGGGUUUUGAUUGGUGACGUCCAUUUGCCCACUAAGGGGGUAAACGACUGCGGUCAUUGCUCUCUAUCCAAUAUCACAGACAGUGAGACAGACCUACCCAGUAGCUCCGACUGUUUACAUAUGACAACACGUCGCACAUUUUUUUACUUGAGAAAUACUGCACCUAACACCUUAGUUAGAUGUGAAACUGAACAACUAAAACAUACUUGGCAAAAAAGUCGAAAUUAAUUACAGAUUUCUUGAAUUAUCUUUGAUUAAUUUCGGAGAUUUUGAGGGAAUGAAAUAGGCUUCGACAUCUAUAGUGACUCAAGGGGGAAAACAUCAUUAACCAAACCCGGAAUCGGUCAGGAUACACACCUCCAAGAAUUGAAUCUCGUUUUUCUAAUGAGCAACAUAAAAACACGUGCCAAUCGGCAUGUUCUGUGGAUCUUCAAGGCAAAACCGCGAACGUCUAGCAACACAAAGAUUGCAUGUUUGAAUCUCAUCUCAAACCAUGUUUACAUCAACAGUUUAAAACCUUUUCUCAAUAAGGGGUGCUGUUUGCACUUUGUAAUAAUUUCGUUCUCAAAUUAUACUGCCUCGUACUCAAUUCUUGCUCGUACAAUAUGCAUAUUAUUAUUACUAAUGGAUAGAAAACACUCUCUAGUUUCUAAAACCGUUUGAAUUAUAUCUGUGAGUAAAACAGAACUCGAGUUGGAGCAAUUUUCCUAUGAGGAAGUGAGAAAUCUGAAAUCUGCAGGCUGUUCUGAGGUCGGUUUAUUAAUUUGCAUGUCUUCUAUUGGUUGAGAUGCACUGCAUACGCCUUCCCCUGGAUGUCAGCGAAUAGUGAGAAUUGAAAUGGAGUUGCUAGGCAGAUCUGAGGCCUUAUAAAUGGGCUGGCAACAUGGGGUCCUCCCUUUCUUCUCUUCGCCAUGAUGCAAGACAGACCUCAGGAUGGCGUUCUAGAAAGCUCCCGUUAUAGCCCUUAGAUAUAUCCGGCUCUGAUUUUAUUCGAUAUAGGUGUUAAAGACAUCAUAAUGUUGUUAUUUUAAACCGAGUUAUGUCAGUUUAUAUCAAUAUAUUGCGAUUUUCGGGUAUUUAUUUGUGCUGCGUUCUAGGGAGUUGGACACGUCUGGCCCACAUGGCUAAUGUUUACUGCUAAUUCCAACGUUGAAGGCGACAAUCUACAACCAAGCAACAAUUCUUUUGGAAAAAGGACAACUUGCCCAAGAUUCUGAUGGGAGCUCAUCAAAAAGAUUCCACCUGUGUGAAAGUAACCCAACUGCAUGUGCCAGUGAGUGACUGAGAGAUCUACUGCAUCUGUAAAGAUCUGUGUCUGUAGGCCCGGCAGCCAUGUCUCGGAAGCAGACAGGAAAGCCAGUGCGUGGCGGAAAUAGGAAGUGUGACGCGGAGCGGAAGCGGGAUGAGCGGUCUGCGCGCAGGGCAAUCGCAAAAGACCGUAAGAACCGGCCCCAGGACAGGGAUGAUGGAGAGGAGUUCGUCAGCUUCUCCAACCAGCUCCAUGCGCUGGGACUCAAACUGAGAGAGGUGCCUGGAGAUGGUAAUUGCCUGUUCCGGGCUCUGGGUGACCAGUUGGAGGGACACUCUCGGGGACACCUGCGCCUGCGCCAGGAGACUGUGCAGUACAUGAUGUCACACCGGCAGGACUUUGAGCCCUUUGUGGAGGAUGAUGUGCCCUUCGCACAGCAUUUGUCAAACCUCUCUCAGCCUGGCACUUUUGCUGGCAAUGAUGCCAUCGUGGCGUUCGCCCGCAGCCAACAGCUUAAAGUGGUCAUUCAUCAGCUCAACACCCCACUGUGGGAGAUAAAUGGCUCUGAGAAGCUGGUUGGCCGAGAGCUACAUAUUGCCUAUCGCUAUGGAGACCAUUACGACAGUGUAAGACCAUUCGGUGACAACUCUGAGAGCCCUGCUCAGCUGCGUAUAGAGAAUCUACAUAAUUCGAGUGGGCAGCGUGAGUUUGGUGACAGCCAGACAGACAGACCGAAAGCCCCCUCGCCUACCUCCUCAGAGGAGGACAAUGUGAUCCUAAAUUCCCUGAAGAACAUGGGCCCGAACUGUGAAGAGGAGAAUCUGUUCCUGCUAAGUGUCGCCACAAUCAACGCUGAGUGGCUGUUGGAUUCUGAGCUAUCAGCCCAAGUGUGUCACGGCCAGUGUGCCUCGGGAUCAUGCUCUGCGUGUAGAGAGGCAGCGACAGAAUGCAGUGAUCACAAACUUCCACCUGAUGGAGGCAACCUACACAAAUCCAAGGCUUCAAACAAGCAGAGGAAAGAGCAGCAGCACUUGGUGAAGAAAAAGCGACAAGAGGAAAGACAUCGACAGAAGGUUCUUCAGAGCAAAGGAACACCUGACCAGAACCUCUCGGAGCCGGUCACUCUAGUGCCAGCUCUAAAUACACUUAGUAUAUAGACAGAGCAUGGCCAAAUAAAGCAGCGGUUGACAAUGUUUUGCACACGGAAUCAAUCUCAAUCACAUUGGAUGACUUUCAUAUACCCUUUAGUUUCUUUGCAAAUGUAUAGUGCCUGCGAUAGGGUGUGUGUGAAUGUGUUCAGGGUUGUGGUUGACUAUGAGGAUGUUGGUUGGUGACCCAGGAUGGUGUACAUAGUUUCCUCUGUAGAGUCAAUACAGUGUGUCUCUUUCUAUGCUGGUGAAUGAGGGAUGAUGUUGACAUUGACCAUUCAGUACAUCUUGGCAUCUGAGUUCGUUUUGUGUUGAAUUUCUCUGAUUACAGCCAAAGAAGAAAGGAAAGGGAAGAGAGAGACAUCAUUGUAAACAGAAUGAAAUGUUUUGUGAACAAUACUGAAAUUGUUUAGGUGACUUGUAAUGAAUUUAUAUUUUAUCUGGUUAAUGGCAGUUCCAGUAUUAUUGAUCAGGUUUAAAGAAAUGUUAAUUUGGGAGAUUUGCUUAUGAAGGAUUGUGAAGCACUCUGUCUGGUAUGACAUGUAAUGUGGCAAUAAAUGAACGUCUUUACAGUA